AUGUACCACCAUUACAAGAUUGGAGGCAUUCAAGCUGUGCGGAAGGCGUUGUCCGAGCGAGGAGUUGCCAUGCCGGAUGGUCAUUGUUCACCGAUUUUGGCGCCGUUCGCUGGACAGCAGGAAAAGUCUUCUCCUGGUCCGCUUGUUAUCGCUUCCAAAAGCGGUCCUCUCAACGGCCAAGGGCCGCUCACCACUGCCUUCGACUUUUAUCGCGGCACCGAGCUUGACGUGCAUCUGGUCAUCUAUCUCGUAGAGCCAUUCACUCAGGUACCCUUUGGCUGUUGCAGUCCAUGUGGAAGAAUUUUCAUCACAAAGCAGAUGUUGUCGCCUGCCAUGGACUUCAAUUCCGCAGAUGAGAGCUUUGACUUUGGUACCUUCAACAUCACGUUGUCCGGCAGUCAACGCGCCUAA